AUGUGGUUUGUGAAUUGGCUGCGGACGACAAAUGUAACUGUUAUUCAAUAUCCUUAUCAAUACUACUGUACCCAGCCAGCAGAAUUAAUUCAUGAAAGAAGACGUCGACAAGGCCGAGAUGCGCUUGUAUUAAUUAUGCUUGAAAACAUAAACUCGAAACAUAUGACUAGUCCGUUGCGCACCUUGCUGGACAGUACGCCAUGCAUUCGUUUCAAGAAAGGAAUUGGAGAGGAUUUGUUCUGGAAAGCUGUUGUAGAAGGGCUCCGAAAAUCUAUCGGACAACCUCCAGUCUCUGUGUUAUAA